CAGGGUUCGAAUCUUGAAGCCAAGCAAAAAAACGGAAGCGAUCUCUUUGGCAAAAAAAUUGAAAUUCUCAAGCGUAGGUAAAACAUCUAGAGGAGGUUGCACACAGCAUCGAAGGUUAAUCCCUCCUGUAUUUUGCUGCCCAGCUGUCACUUUAGAAGACAAUGAAGUGUUCAACCAAUCAACUGCGAAUCAUCGCCUUGAAUCUGUUGCUUUUCGUCUUCACUAAGACUGUGGCAUAUCCCCCGGGGAUAGAAGUUAUAAAUGUGACUUUCUGUGGCAACUACGAUAAGACAGCGAAAAUCAAAAUUUCUCCAUUGCCUUUCAUCCCUACUGGAGCUAUCGUUAAUUUAACAGUAAUAUUCACACCCGCUGUAGAUGUCCUUGAUGUCACUAUUGAAUACGAGUAUGGGUUAGAAUCGGAAAGCAAGGCGGUUAUUAGAGGCAGGAAUGACCAUUUAUGCGAAAGCCAUCCAGACUUGUGCAACUUUCCUGCCGGUGAAACUCAAGUGAAGACUAUUUCUACAAAAUUAACAGAACUUCCACCAUUUUUGAAGAUGCUGACUGUUAAAGCAAGAAAUCAAUUUUUCAAUGAAGAGUAUAUCAUGUUUCUCUGUUUUGAUGCGGUGUUCAAAGUGUACUAAAAGGCAAGAAUGAGUAGCUGACUCACGAGGAGGAGGACAAAUUAAAGAAAUAGAUUAGACAGUAGGAUGGAAACAUUUUUGUGUUAAAACUGCGAAAUGUCUCUGAUAACAACGACUUUAUGAUAUUGAUUAAGAGAAUUGUCAACAAUUAACCUACCUAGGGGAGUAUAAACUGGAAAUCAGUUACACCCCACCCUUAAAGAACGAGUUCGAAUAGAUAAGAGGGAGUAAUAUAUCACUUCAAAAUAGAAUCGAACUGACGACCUGUUUACAAAGUGAGUCACUUAGAUAUUUGGUAAUCAAAAAAGUCAUCUUGGAACAAAAAAUACUGUAAGACAAGGUCUCAGAGUCCAAACUUAAUGAACAAUA